AUGAAGAAAGCAUUGAAGAAAGGCCGUAGAGCUCAUGGCCACAACGGGCGCAACUAUAGUUGCAAUAGGACCACUGACCUCUCAGAAGUAACUUCAAAUGAUGUCUGGCAGUCAAAGCCGAAAGGAAGCUGCAAGGUUGAUGAGAAGACGAAGAGAGAAGGGGAAGGAUUGAUAGAAUUAAAAGGAGGCUCUUGGCUUUUCAACAAAGGCAAAACAGAAAAUGACAAAGAUGCAAAAGGAGUGGGCUUCCUUAUACACCAAAAAUUAAAGGACUAUAUUAAAAAAGUCAAAAGUUACUCAAAUAGAGUGGUAUCAUUAAGUAUGCAACUUGCAGCUAAAGAACAUAUCUGUGUAAUACAAGCAUAUGUACCUACAAAUGACUACGAUGACUCAGUUAUAGAAGAAUUUUAUGAAGACAUAGACAAAGCAAUAAAAGAAAACCAUGGGAAAUACACAGUAUUGAUGGGUGAUUUCAAUGCGAAAUUAGGAAAAUGUGAGGCAGGAGAAGAACUAACCCUAGGAACAUUUGGAAUAGGACAAAGGAACAGAAGGGGAGAAAGACUAACUGAAUUCGCAGUAGAACAAAAGCUAAUAAUAACCAACAAAUUAUUUAAGAAAAACAAGAAAAGAUACUGGAAGUGGGAAAGCCCAAAUGGGUUAACAAAAAAUCAAAUAGACUUCAUUAUGACAAGCCAGAGAGGAAUUGUCAAGAACUGCGAGGUGAUAACCACAGUAGAUAUUGUAAGCGACCAUUGA